ACACCUCACCACUGCACCACCAAUCCCCCCGUCCCCGUCCCUCUUCACUCCUCCCAACCCGCCGCCUCCUAGGGUUAAGGUUCCAUGCGAUCUCCCCGCCGCGGCGGACGGAAACCCUAGCAAGGAGCGCCGCUCACAAAUCUCGACCCAAUGGGCAAGGGCGGGCAGGACGAGGCCGGAUCCGGCAGACCCCACCCCGACGCCGACGCGCCGCCGCCGUUCCCGGCGUGGGCGCGGACCCCGACCGAGUGCCUCGCAGAGCUCGGCGUGUCCGCGGACCGCGGCCUCAGCUCCGACGAGGCGGCGGCGCGGCUCCUCAAGCACGGGCCCAACGAGCUGGAGCGCCACGCGCCGCCCUCCAUCCUGAAACUCGUCCUGGAGCAGUUCAACGACACGCUGGUCCGCAUCCUGCUCGCCGCGGCCGUGGUCUCCUUCGUGCUGGCGCUCUACGACGGGGCGGAGGGCGGGGAGGCCCGCGCGACGGCCUUCGUGGAGCCGCUCGUCAUCUUCCUCAUCCUCAUCGUCAACGCGGUGGUCGGGGUCUGGCAGGAGAGCAACGCGGAGAAGGCGCUCGAGGCGCUCAAGGAGAUCCAGUCGGAGCACGCCACGGUCAAGCGCGACGGGCGCUGGUCGCACAACCUCCCGGCCCGGGACCUCGUGGUGGGGGACGUGGUGGAGCUCCGGGUCGGGGACAAGGUGCCCGCGGACAUGCGCGUGCUGCAGCUCAUCAGCUCCACCCUGCGCGUCGAGCAGGGGUCGCUCACGGGGGAGACCUCGUCGGUGAACAAGUCCAGCCACCGGAUCCAGGCCGAGGACACGGACAUCCAGGGCAAGGACUGCAUGGUCUUCGCCGGCACCACCAUCGUCAACGGCAGCGCCGUCUGCCUCGUCACGGGCACCGGCAUGGCCACCGAGAUCGGCAAGAUCCACUCGCAGAUCCAGGAGGCCGCGCAGGAGGAGGACGACACGCCGCUCAAGAAGAAGCUCAACGAGUUCGGCGAGGCGCUCACCGCCAUCAUCGGGGUCAUCUGCAUCCUCGUCUGGCUCAUCAACGUCAAGUACUUCCUCACCUGGGAGUACGUCGACGGCUGGCCCACCAACUUCAAGUUCUCAUUCGAGAAGUGCACCUAUUACUUUGAGAUCGCCGUCGCGCUCGCUGUUGCCGCCAUCCCCGAGGGCCUGCCUGCGGUCAUCACCACCUGCUUGGCGCUAGGCACCAGGAAGAUGGCUCAGAAGAACGCGCUUGUCAGGAAGCUACCCAGCGUCGAGACCUUGGGCUGCACGACGGUCAUUUGCUCUGAUAAGACUGGCACCCUCACCACCAACCAGAUGUCAGCGGUCAGGCUCGUGGCCGUUGGGAGGUGGCCUGAUACUCUCAGGAACUUCAAGGUUGAUGGAACCACCUAUGACCCCAGUGAUGGCAAGAUACAUGAAUGGCCAAGCUUGAGCAUGGACGAGAAUCUACAGAUGAUCGCAAAGAUAGCUGCACUCUGCAAUGAUGCAAGCAUUGCACACUCUGAGCAUCAGUAUGUGGCUACUGGGAUGCCCACAGAGGCUGCCCUCAAGGUUUUGGUCGAGAAAAUGGGGCUUCCUGGUGGAUAUACUCCAUCUCAGGAUUCAUCUGAUCUGCUAAGGUGCUGCCAAUGGUGGAACAAUGAUGCUAAAAGAGUAGGGACUCUGGAAUUUGAUCGUACUAGAAAAUCAAUGGGAGUUAUUGUGAAGAAAACUGACUCUGGAAAGAAUUUGCUGCUUGUGAAGGGUGCUGUAGAAAAUUUGCUAGAGAGAAGUGCCUAUAUUCAGUUGCUUGAUGGAUCUGUCGUGCUCUUGGAUGACGGUGCCAAGGCACUUAUACUGUCAUCACUUAGUGAAAUGUCUGCCAGUGCAUUGCGCUGUUUGGGCUUUGCAUAUAAGGAGGAUUUGGCAGAAUUUGCAACAUAUGAUGGGGAAGAGCAUGCUGCUCAUAAGUAUCUGCUUGAUCCUUCAUACUACUCGUCAAUAGAGAAUAAUCUGAUAUUCUGUGGUUUUGUUGGUCUAAGGGAUCCUCCACGAGAAGAAGUCCACCAAGCAAUUGAAGAUUGCAGAGCUGCUGGAAUACGUGUUAUGGUGAUAACAGGUGAUAACAAAGAAACAGCAGAGGCAAUAUGCCGUGAGAUUGGGGUUUUUAGUUCCAGUGAAAACAUUAGCUCAAGGAGCUUCGCAGGGAAGGAAUUCAUGGCUCUUCCUGAUAGGAAGAAGCUGUUGAGGCAAACAGGUGGCCUUCUCUUCUCCAGGGCAGAGCCAAAACAUAAGCAGGAAAUUGUUAGGUUGCUCAAGGAAGAUGGUGAAGUUGUUGCAAUGACUGGUGAUGGUGUGAAUGAUGCACCGGCUCUGAAAUUAGCUGAUAUUGGAAUUGCAAUGGGCAUCACAGGGACUGAGGUUGCAAAAGAAGCAUCAGAUAUGGUGCUUGCUGAUGAUAACUUCAGUACAAUAGUCUCAGCUGUUGGUGAAGGAAGGUCUAUUUACAACAACAUGAAGGCUUUUAUAAGGUAUAUGAUCUCUUCGAACAUUGGAGAAGUUGCCUCCAUAUUCCUAACAUCAGCUCUAGGUAUACCAGAAGGCCUCAUUCCUGUACAACUUCUGUGGGUCAAUCUUGUUACGGAUGGCCCUCCUGCUACUGCUUUGGGAUUCAACCCACCAGAUAAAGAUAUUAUGAAGAAACCUCCUCGAAGGAGUGAUGAUUCUUUGAUCACUCCUUGGAUCCUGUUCCGUUACAUGGUGAUUGGGAUGUAUGUCGGGAUUGCAACAGUGGGAAUCUUCAUCAUAUGGUACACUCAUGGCUCUUUCCUGGGAAUUGAUCUGGCUAGUGAUGGUCACACUCUUGUGUCAUACUCUCAGCUCUCAAAUUGGGGCCAAUGCCCCUCAUGGGAAGGUUUCAAUGUGUCAUCGUUCACAGCUGGGUCACAGACAUUUGAUUUUGACGCAAACCCAUGCGAUUACUUCCAGGGUGGGAAAAUAAAAGCGACAACCCUCUCAUUGUCUGUCUUGGUGUCCAUUGAGAUGUUCAACUCGCUGAAUGCCCUGUCUGAGGAUGGUAGCCUUCUGAGUAUGCCUCCAUGGGUUAACCCUUGGCUUCUUCUGGCAAUGUCUGUGUCGUUUGGGCUUCAUUUCCUGAUCCUUUACGUGCCUUUCCUUACCCAAAUCUUCGGUAUCGUGCCCCUCAGUUUCAACGAGUGGCUUUUGGUGAUAGCAGUUGCCUUCCCAGUGGUGCUAAUCGAUGAGGUUCUCAAGUUUGUGGGGCGGUGCUUGACAGCUCGUGCCAGGAAACAAUUAGGAAAGCGGAAGGAAGAGUAGAUGCUAGCCAUCAGUAUUAGAUUUCAGGUUUGCCACGGGGUAGUAGACGUCUGAUGAGAACCCCAUUAUUUUGUCUCUUGAGUUUAAGGACUCUGCUCUUUGUUGAGAAACAGGAACAUGCAGGAAGCUAGGGUACUCUAUAGAACUCAUAAUCAGACUGUGAGUUUAACAGACUGCAUUUAUUCAUUUGUAACAAAAUUCGGUGUUAUGAAUGUGCCGGAGACGAGGCAUAUUUUGUUUCCCGGUUA